CAACAUUUGUAACUUUACACAUUUCUGAUAGAAACACGCUUACAAAUGGCGAGGGGGAAACUCGAUCUUAUGUUGAUACAACAGCCAAGGGAUAGAUUAAUAUCUCUUUGGAGUUUCUAAAAUAGGUCUAACUUUUCUGUUGGUGAAAGGCAAGAGCAGAACAGGUUCUGACAGCUGACGUCACGGGGAGAGCGCUCUCCUGCAGUGUGCGACCAGUCACACUCAGUCACUCCUGUUUGUGCCGUUACCCGAUCGUCAUCUGCCAACUCUCCGCGUGUAGCACUCAGCUGUCGAAAUUCCUGUUGAUUCCUCCAAACUUAUAAUACAUGUUAGACAGAAUAGACUUUUAUGGACCGUCCAAAUAAGCAGAUUUGUCGUAAUUAUGGACUGCCGUGAUAUUGUCAAAACGUCCCAUUCCGAAUUUAAAUGGAUUCUGAUGUUUAUUAUUGUUGUGAGGACAUGUGCGGAGCAAGGAGAAAUCCCCUGCAUGCUCAAGUGUAAAUGUGAAGAACAAGAGGAUUCCUUUCAAGUGGAUUGCUCCAACCAGAGUUUGACGAAAGUACCUGCUGGAUUAAAUCCAUCGACAAUAUCACUAAAUCUUCAAAGCAACAAUAUCACAAUAUUGCCAGAUUUUGUUUUUCAACACUUGUCCAAACUGAAAGAUCUCAAUUUGGCCGAUAAUCAAUUAUCAAAUCUUUCUCGUGAAGUGUUCUUCGGUCUUGACAAGAUAAGAACUCUUUCCUUGCAGAGCAACAAAUUAAAGAAUGUAUCAAGUGCAUUUCAAGAGUUUUUGUUGUUGGAAAAUUUAAAUCUUCAAAGCAACAAUAUCACAAUAUUGCCAGAUUUUGUUUUUCAACACUUGUCCAAACUGAAAGAUCUCAAUUUGGCCGAUAAUCAAUUAUCAAAUCUUUCUCGUGAAGUGUUCUUCGGUCUUGACAAGAUAAGAACUCUUUCCUUGCAGAGCAACAAAUUAAAGAAUGUAUCAAGUGCAUUUCAAGAGUUUUUGUUGUUGGAAAAUUUACACUUAGAAGAAAAUCAGCUGACCUUCGUCCCCGCCGGAAGUUUCAGAGGACUAAAGAAAUUGCAAAAACUGUGGCUGCAUAGAAACAUGUUAACGGAAGUCCCGAGUGAAUCAUUAGGGGAAUUGACCGAGCUAGAAGCUCUGUAAGUUAUUUCCAUCAAAUACAGGUAAAAUGCUCGGUUCGAACAGUUAGAGCUAUAUUCUCUUAACCAAAUAAAUUGAUAUAUCAGAAGCUGAAAGGAUAAAGAAGACGACAAGUGGAAAAUAAGAAUGUCAUUGAUGAACCAAAAGCAUUGUAACUAUCUGGCAUUCAGAGCAUGUUCAUAAAUCAAAUAUUUACCUAGCGAUUUUAUAUCUAAAAAAUAAAAUGGAAUUUCUCUUCUGAUAUAAAUA